AUGACAUUACUUUCUGGGUUUGUUUGUGUGCUAAUUUUAACUCUAAAUUUAGGUAUUUGCUGAUGCUGAUUAAUUUCACCUUUCAAUAACAAACUGAAAUUGUAUUUUAUACUUCCUUUUGCAUGAUUUUAUGCAAAUUAUAGCGUUUUUUGAUUUUUUAGUCAAAAUGAAUAUUUAGAAAUUUCAGAAAAUUCAACUACAAUCGUUAAACUCUUUGAAAAUUUUACUUUUACAAAAAUUAUAAUUCAAAUAUUUUCAUAUUUUAAUUAUUCUCAAAUUACUUACACAUUGAGUUUAAUUGCUCCAACUAUUCUAUGAAUUAGCCCAAAAAUUCCUUUAGAGAUUAAGCUUAUAAAAAUUGGUUAUUGUAUGAUUUGGAAUAAUAUUUAUAUUUAUCAAGCAACUUUAGAUGAAAAUUCUUAUUAUGGAAAAUUUUUCCCUUCUCUUUAUCCGAUACUACAUUUAUGCAUUUUUCAUUAUUUUUACUCAAAACAUUCACAAGGAUUUUCUUUUCAUAGCAUUGCAACUAUUGAUGACUGUCAAAUUUUAAUGAUAUUUUUACUCGGAUUGACAUGAUUUUUAUUCGCUUUAAAUAGAUUUUAUAGAAACCUCCCAUUGGGGGUAUCUGAAAUAUUAAAGAUAAUAUUUUGAUUUUUGAUAGAUUAUAUUAUAGCUUAUUUUACUUUUACGAUUUUUAUAUGUAUAUUUGGUGAGCUAGCCGAAGAUAUUUAUAAUAAUUCUUAUAUUAUAAAAUCUAAACCAAAGACUCUAAAACAAAUUAAAAGCUUUGUAGCUUCAGAAUUGUUCGGAUUUGUUGGGUUAAUUUUAGCAGUUUUAAUCUGAUACUAUGUCUAUACUUGAUUAGAUUAUUAUUUAUCAUUUCCAUGAUUAAUAGCUGAAGGAUUUAUUGGAACCCAAGUAUAUGCUUUCUCAUUAUGCACUUCCAUCUCAAAAUUUCAAAGUUCAUUUAAAGACAAAGUUGUAAUCUUGAAUUUUAUAGCAUUUUAUUUAACAGUUUGCAUAUCUAGAGCAAUCUUUUUUUAA